AUGUGCAGUCGCGACGUUACGCCGAAACCUCUGAGCGCACCACAGCAGGAGGAUCAACAGGAAACCGUACUGAAGACAAUGCCGCGGAAAGUUAUGGAAGAGUUGAAGGAGGAACUUAGACAAGUGAAGCUCAUUGAUGGGUAUAUCAGGGAUACCCCCAAGAACAUAUCGUUGGGAUCGCAUUCCCUCCAAAGAGCACAGGUCAAAUCCCGUGAAGAGCGGAUGAUAGAGAUAAGACUUACGGAGACGCCGACGACAAUUCUUAUUGAUAUACCCAGCGUCGCGGCAAGUGAAGGACAGGAGACGUACGACAAGAUAAUCGCCGAGAAUGAGAACUACGAGGCUCUGUUGAACCGCAAGCAGAACGCACCUGAUCAGUUCCGAGGACAGCAUGCGCAAACUCUGAACUAUCCUCAGAAGAUGAAGGAGACCUUCACGGAUCCACCAGCAACCUCGUCGCUUGGAGUUAAUGCAUCUGUUUGGGACAUACAUGAUAGCUUCAGAGAAGAGUUGAUUCCGACCGACUUGCAGAUCCAGAUCGAAUGUCAACGGAAUGUGGAGGAAACCUCCACGGAAUCUCUAGCCAAGCCUGGAUGUCUACUCGAGACCUCCUCUGAGGCAAUCCUCUCCCAUGUUGCCAAGGAGACCUCGAGGACCACUGCUGCUCAAUCUAAGAAGGGCAGCUCCACGAAGGGGGGCAAUCGAUCUAGUUCGCCCAAGAAGUUGACUCGAGGCAUGGGAGCAGGCAACUCUGAGAAGCUAGUCGAAGAGAGCGCACUCCCCCGAAGAGAUCAAGAUGGAGUGGCCGUCGAGGAUAAGCAAGCAGUGGAAACGGAGCGAGAGGAUACUCCUGCUCUACGAUGGGUCAUGGGCAGCAACCUAUUGAUACCUAUCGAGCUACGGGAAGCGGCCAGGGUGAUGGAGAGAACUCUAAGCCAAAACGAAUAUCACAACGCCCAUCUUCUAUACCGUAAUUAUCCAACUCUCGCCCAACUGGCUGAGAGAGAACAGAAGUUCAUCGAUAGCUUCCCUCUUUCUAACGCUGUUGACCCUUCGGCCAGUCGGAGGUCAUCUGCCCUAUCUAACAAAGGCGCCCAAGAUCCGAACCAGUUGCAAGCUCCAUCUCGCCGAGAGAGCGCAACUCCUGAACAAUCUGAGGCCAAGCCAGAUGUGCCACCUGAAGACACCGAGCAGGAAGAGGAUGACACUGAGCAGGAUGGGAACUGUGAUACCACGUGGAAAGCCUCCGGUGGUGGAGCAGUACUGUUCUGGAGUCUCAAAAACCCCUUCUACCCGGAACGUGCCCUCAAGACCACAGCCGGGGUCUCAUCCGUGGCAUUCAGUGAUACGUACCCCAACUUGCUAGCAGUUGGUAUGCAGGAUGGCGGCCUUGCAAUUUGGGACCUCCGUCAGAAAGCCGACUCGCCUGUCAGUCCAAUAUCGAACGUAGCGAGCAGGCAUACUGAUGUGGUGUGGGACAUACAAUGGGUUGAUAGGGGUCCUGAUAAGUUCCCGAGGGAGAACCUUAUAUCGGUCGGGGCUGAUGGUAAGGUUAUACAAUGGGACAUGCGGAAGGGAUUAGAACGGGCAGUACUGAUGUCCCUGAAGCGAUCGGCCAACCCAGAUCUCGCUACCAACGUCCUCAAUACGGGGGCGCAGGACAGUGGGGGGAGGAGUCGUCAGGACGGACUGGCAUUCAGGCAAAGCUGCGGCUUCUGUGUGGACUUCUUGAAGCAAGAUCCGUCUAUGUAUUUGGUCGGGACUAGUGAUGGGCUGGUCCAUCGCUGCUCUACGAGCUAUAACGAGCAUUACCUGGGGACCUACUACGGCCAUGCAGCUGCUGUUUAUAAGGUGCGAUGUAAUCCCUUCUGGCUGCCGGCCUUCCUCACCUGUAGUGCUGAUUGGACCAUGAAGCUAUGGUCCACCAAGUCCAUACCGAUGGAAGCGCGUCUGCACUAUGGGACUUCCUCAGCUCAGGUCAAUGACAUCUCUUGGUGCCCGCACAACUCUACGUGCUUUGCCGGAGUGAUGGAUGAUGGCAGAGUGGAGCUGUGGGAUAUACACAGGAGCCCAUUGGACCCCAUCAUAGUGCAUUAUCCUGUCAAUGACCUCGGACACGAUCGUUGGCAUCGCGCAGUGUCAGUCGGUUUCGCCCCCACUUCUCCCGUGCUGGUAGCAGGGGAUAGCACGGGAAGGGUUGAAGUCAUGCGGCUGCACAAUUGCGAAGUUCCUCAGAUGAGCGAUGCUGAACAGCAGGAAAAGCUGGUACGUUGUGUUGUGAAUCAACAGUAG